AUGCACCAGUACCAGAUUGUUGGCCGAGCAGCACCGACCAACAAGAACCCCACUCCAAAGAUCUACCGCAUGAGGAUCUUCGCAAGGAACGUUGUUCUGGCCAAGUCCCGCUUUUGGUACUUCAUGAAGAGGCUCAACAAGGCCAAGAAGAGUGGUGGUGAGCUGCUGUCGGUGAACGAGCUUUUCGACACCAGCCCAACAAAGGUGAAGAACUACGGCAUUUGGCUUCGAUAUGACAGCCGCACCAACACCCACAACAUGUACAAGGAGUUCCGCAACGUGAACAUCAAUGGAGCGGUCGGGCAGCUGUGCGCCAUCCGCCAGCUGAGACGUUUCCAGUGCAUUUCUAGCCAGUUUUGGCUGCGCGGAGGUACCAGAUGGCAGGACCGCGCACCGAACCCCCCCCCCACAACAAACACAUGCUUCCAGCCCGGCUCCUCCAGAUCAACCAUGUGGAUGCCUUGGAAGGGCCAAUGA